AUACUACUUGGCAAAAACACGAAGCCUCGCGAAUGAUUUCACAAUGGCGCCGACAGAGCCGACUCAGCAGUUAAAUACUGGUGCUAAGAAAAAGAAUAAUAAGAAAAAGAAGAACCACGCAAAGUCGAAACCGGUCGAGGACGAAGGCAAACCCCCAGAUGCAAACCAAGAUGGAGAACAACCUGAAGAUGACGGCAAUGGGUCCGACGAUCCAGACACGGCCGUACCAGAGAAGACGGUGAAGGAAUCCACGAAUGGUCAUGCUACAUCACCAACUACCAAUGGACACUCCGCCCAAGAAUCCAGUACGACAGAAACCACCGAAUCCACAGAUACAAGUGCCCGACUCGAAGCUAUAACACAAGAACGGGAGGCUUUAAGGGCAGAGGUGGAACAACUACGGAAGCAAUUAGAAAGUAUACAAGAAACACAUACGCAAGAAACGAGCCAGCUCAAGUCGGAUUUGGAAGAAUCUGAAUCGGCGAAAGAGCAAAUCGAGGAGCAAUAUCAAACACUCGUAGAGAGGGUAGAGAAGAUAAAAGAAAACGUCGGUAAUCGGUUAGCGAGAGGGAAGGAAGAAUUAGAAGAGGCAAACAUACGUAUCGAAGAUUUGGAAAGCCAAAAUGAGGAACUUCAAAAGGGUGCACAAAACUCAGAGGAUGAGAUUGAGAAGUUAAAAACCGAACUACAAGAUGCCACGAGAGAACUAUCUAGCCUGCGAAGCCGAAAUAAUCUCUCGCAACAUAAUUCGUUAAAAGAAAAAGAGGAUAUGACGAAACAGAUCCAGCAUUUGAGAGAAGAGGCAGAAGCGGCAAAAGAUGCAAUGGGCGAUUGGGAAGUCCUAGCGAUGGAGGAACGAUCAAUUAGAGAGAGCUUGGCCGAGAAAGCAUCUGCCCUCGAGGAGCAAAUUGCAUCGCUCAGAGAUAACUACGAGCGAGCUGCCUCCGAACGGGACAGCCAAUCGCAAGCUGUCGACAGCCUUCAAAGAGCAUUGCAAGAGAUCCAGGAGGCCCGCAAGAAGGAGUUACGAGAGAUGGUCGAGACAUCCGAGGAGCAACUUCAAGCACUCAAAAAGUUAGUUCUAGAGGCUGAUACAAGAGCUACGGAAGCAGAAAAAGUCAAAGACUCGCUUCAAAAGGAGCUAGAGCGAACUGCGCCAUUUGAGAAGGAGGUGAAGGAAAAGAACCUCCUUAUCGGAAAGCUGAGGCAUGAAGCCAUUGUCCUCAACGACCACUUAACGAAAGCCCUCCGGUACCUCAAGAAAACCAAACCCGAGGACAGCAUCGAUAGGCAAAUUGUUACAAACCACUUCCUUCAAUUCCUCGCUCUUGACCGUUCGGACCCCAAGAAAUUCCAAAUCCUCCAGAUCAUCGCCGGGCUUCUCAAUUGGACCGACGAGCAGAGGGAGCAAGCCGGAUUAGCCCGACCAGGAACCUCCACUAACAGCCUCCGGCUCCCGAGCUCUCCGUUCCACAGGACGCCUAGCACGCCGUCCCUAAGCGCGGAUUUCUUCUCGGAGCCGACGCCAACAUCCACCACGAAAGAAUCCCUCGCGGAUCUAUGGGCCGGGUUUUUAGAACGCAGCGUAGAAGAGGCCUCACAGGCGGGCGGGUCGAGGAAGGGGAGCAUGUCGAGCACGGCCGGCACAGCGAGGCCGGAUACGAGGAGUGGUAAUUAAUAUCGGGUAGUAGAAGAAGAACAAGAAGAUGAGAGAGAAAAGAUCCUCAGCUCUGUAGAUCCAAAUCUACCUGUGUACACAAGUGCUUCAUUCGUUUCCUGCUGUUGUUUUUGCUGUUGUGGUUGUUUUUUUCGAGCACGGCUACAUGUGAUAAAAGACAAGCAAGGCAUACAAUCAUCAUCAUCUCGCGGCGUUUAUCGGUGUCGGAUAGGUACCGGGUGGGGAU